AUGAAUAAUCCCUCGAGUCGACUCACCAAGUUCCGAUUGUGCCUAGAAGAAUACGAUUUCACUGUAGAAUAUUUGAAAGGUAAAGAUAACGUAGCUGCAGACGCGUUAUCUAGGAUUGAAAUUUCCAGUGAAGAAUUAAAGAACAUGACAAAGCAAGUGGUAUCAGUAAUGACUAGAGCACAGAGGAAACGCAUGGAAGAGCAAGAAAACAAUAAUAAGUCACAAGACAAGGGUUCCAACUGCGACUGGCCUGCGCAACCAGACAUAGUUGAACUUCUCAAAAAACCUCAGGAAUUACCGGAAUUAAGUUUCCAUAAACGCGACUACUACAAAAUACUAAAACAAUCAGAUCGCGUCAUGAGUAAAAAUAAUGAAAUCAUAUACUCGCCAUCCUUGGCGACAUUGUGUGUCAGGCCUAUUACUCCAUCGCGUACGAAACGAGCUUUCUUCGCGAGAGAAUUAGGUGCAUUUUGCAAGGCACAACAAAUAAAAGAGGCAGGGGGUGUCAACCGAGACGGCCAUUCUGAGUCUAAAGCAUACCGUCAAGUACUAUACCGACAGAAGUACACCGGUGUACGCAUGCUUCCUGGAUCUUUCCAAGGCUUUGAUCUGGUGUCAUAUGGUAUCCUGUGGGAUAAGCUAGCUAGCACGAGUGUACCACGUGAGCUCAUAGGUGUUCUUAAGUAUUGGUACAAUAAUCAGUUUAACUACGUUAAAUGGAAUGACUCACUGUCGGGAGCAUACAGGUUGGAGUGCGGGGUGAGGCAGGGGGGGUUGACCUCCCCUAAGCUCUUCAACUUGUAUGUUAACGCUCUGAUCGAGGAGCUCAGCAACAUGCAUGUGGGUUGUCAUGUAGAUGGAGUUAGCGUCAAUAAUAUUAGCUACGCGGACGACAUGGUGUUGCUGAGCCCCUCGCUAUGUGCUCUCAGGCAAAUGCUGAAAACGUGUGAGUCAUAUGCGAAAAAACAUGGACUUAUUUACAAUGCCGGUAAAAGUGAAUACAUGGUUUUCAGGUCACACAGGAUGAAUCCCAAUGUGUACCACAAAAUACAACUGAAUGGUAAAUCACUGGAAAGAGUUACACAAUUUAAAUACUUGGGACACAUCCUGUGUGAAAAUUUGAAAGAUGACCUCGACAUUGAAAGGGAAAGGAGGGCGCUGGCGGUGCGGAGUAACAUGUUGGCCCGUAGAUUUGCUCGCUGUUCGAAACAAGUCAAAAUUACCCUUUUUAAGGCGUACUGUCAAGUAUUUUACACGAGCAGUCUAUGGGUCAACUAUACUCAAAAGGCAUACAACGCCCUCCGAAUCCAAUACAACGACGCCUUCAGGAUGCUGUUGGGACUGCCCCGUUACUGCAGCGCUUCAGGGAUGUUCGCCACGGAACGAACUGAUGACUUCUAUGCCAUCCGGCGUAAACGAAUAGCGUCUCUGUUGUGUCGGGUGCGGGGCAGUCACAACAGUAUACUUAAGGUCAUAGCAGAGAGGGUGGAUUGUACCUUCUUGAAAUUUUGGGUUGACCUAAUAAUAAGUAAAUAGUUAUUUAAUGUAGUAGUAGUAAGUAAAUAACGUAGUCAUAAGCCAAACUAACAAUUGUAUGGAUAAAAUUUAUCUGAAAUAAAGAAUUAAUAAUAAUAAUAAUAAGCCCGCAGGGCAGCUUGUGGCGAGCUGUUGGGGAGUAACGACCCCACGGACCCGAGUGCUCCCGAGAGUCGGUCAGGGUCUCCGUCUCCGGCGUGUCUUCGUCGGUCGGAGUGGACCCCAAGGGGACCCGCAGGACUCUCAGCUCUGGCUUGCCUUAAUUGGCCGUCCAGAGAGGAGUCGCUAGAGCUAUAUGCUCCAGGGGUGGAAGUGAAAGAUGCAUAAGACGCGAGUUGGCACAGUGGCUGGUAACAGCCACUGGGUAGAAAGCGGCGCACACCUCUCGACACCCCUGAGUCGCUCACACCGAUGUUGCCCCUGGUCGUCUUCACGACGGCAGUUUCAGGGGCCCAUCUAGUCAGCGGCAAGUCACCACCUGCCUCGAUAACGUGUGUUAGCAUUGUUAUGGCAGGUGUCCGAACUCUUUACAAUAGCCCAGUCUCAUAGUCCACCCAAACUUCAAUCCAUAGACCGGUAUACUAUUCACUUUUGCUACAAUAGUCCCAAUGCCUGCUGAGACCGGUUCAUGGGUGUCUAUUGUUGCACCUGUGAACGGGUUCCAGCAGGCGUUCUACAUGACAUUAAAGCUCUCCAAGGGGCCUCUACGUGUUGGAUCUGUGUCCCCACGCAAGCCUAUCAAAAAACCGGGAUUAUAGGCCCGUGAUAUCGAAGGAGAUACAAGUAAUAAUAAUAAUAAGCCCGCAGGGCAGCUUGUGGCGAGCUGUUGGGGAGUAACGACCCCACGGACCCGAGUGCUCCCGAGAGUCGGUCAGGGUCUCCGUCUCCGGCGUGUCUUCGUCGGUCGGAGUGGACCCCAAGGGGACCCGCAGGACUCUCAGCUCUGGCUUGCCUUAAUUGGCCGUCCAGAGAGGAGUCGCUAGAGCUAUAUGCUCCAGGGGUGGAAGUGAAAGAUGCAUAAGACGCGAGUUGGCACAGUGGCUGUUAACAGCCACUGGGUAGAAAGCGGCGCACACCUCUCGACACCCCUGAGCCGCUCACACCGGUGUUGCCUCUGGUCGUCUUUACGACGGCAGUUUCAGGGGCCCAUCUAGUAAGCGGCGAGUCACCACCUGCCUCGAUAACGUGUACUAACAUUGUUAUGGCAGGUGUCCGGACCUCUCAGCAAUAGCCCAAUCUUUUGACCAGCCAAAAUUCAUCACUAUAACCAGCACUUUUCUCCACUAUAUUUACAAUAGCCCCUACGCCUGUUGGGACCGAUUGACGGGUAUCUAUUUGUACCCGUGAAUGGGUUCUAGCAGGUGUAUUACAUAACAGCAAACUUCUCCAAAGGGCCUCUACGUGUUGGAUCUGUAUCCCCACGCACGCCUAUCAAAUGACCGGGAUGUAUAUACCCGUGAGUUUUUAAGAGAGACAAAUAAUAAUAAUAAU